AUGAAAGAUGAUAUCAUGCUGCUGCAACUCGAGACUGAUGCAAAAAUCAACCAGUAUGUGAAUGUGCUCAACCUUCCCAAAGGAGGAAUCACCGACAUGAAAUCUGGAACAAGGUGCACCGUGGCAGGAUGGGGAAAAACAAAAAUAAACAAUUACUCUGACACACUUCAAGAGGUGAAGGUCGAGGUAAUUGAUCGAGGAGAAUGCAAAGCCAUGUAUGGAUCUAUAAUAACCCAGGACAUGAUCUGUGUUGGUGACAGCGAAGGCAGAAAGAAUGCAUGUCGUGGUGAUUCAGGCGGCCCUUUGAUAUGUGACAAAAUGUAUACUGGGAUUGUGUCCUUUGUCCAAAAAGGAUGUCCAUAUCCCCAAAUACCUGGGGUGUACACUUUACUAACAAAGAAAUACAUUGAUUGGAUUCGGGAUACAAUUGGUUGACCGCUGAAGAAUGCUGAAGAGCUGUACUGAGUUAUCACAAUCCUGCUUCACUCUGCUUUACUUACACUGAUGCUCAGUUAAUUGGCCUAGAGGGCCGGCUUGCCUCUAUCCUUACCUUUUCUGUUUUGCAUAAAAUGU